CACUCUGUGUUUACAUUUGGCAACGCCGCAAGCUUGCAGUGGUGUUUGGGUCGUUUGUGAGAGCACAAAAAUAAAAGAGAGCCCGAGUUUUCGUCAUGUUUUUCUGAGUACAAGUACGUCUGUGAAUGAGGGAUGUCGGCUCCAAGUCCAAAUCCAGGGAGUGCAGCGUCCCCUAUGGGUCCUCCCCAACAGGCAUUGUCACCAAUGCCUCCACCACAGGCAACAUCACCUGCUGUAGGACCUCCACAGGCCCAGUCUCCUAUGGGACCUCCCCAGACUCCUUCACCAAUGGGUCCUCCUGUCAUGUCCCCGGGUCCAGGUGGCCCACCACCAGCACAGCAGGGACCUCCUCCCAGUGGCCCUGCUCCUGGGAUGGUACCCCAAGGGGCCCCUGGUCCUCAUCAUCCUUACCCUCAGGGACCUCAAGGGUCUCAGGGAUGGCAACAACCUCCACCAGGCCCUUAUGCAAAUAGCUAUCAACCACAACCACAACAGCAGCAACAAGGUCCAGGAGUACACCAUCCAGCACAGGGCCCUCCAGGUGGUCCUCCAGUCAGUGGACUUCCACCUCCAACUAGUGGUGGUGGCCCUAAUGGUCCAAGUCCUAGUGGUGGGAGCUACCAGCAAGAGAAUCUUAAUGCUCUGCAAAAGGCCAUCAACACUAUGGAAGAUAAAGGAAUGCAAAACGAUCCAAGAUAUGCAGAUUUAGUCAGCAUGAGAGCCAAGUAUGGCAGUAUGGGGCCACCCCCAGCAACAACAGGUGCUGGCACUACACCUGGAGGUCCACCAGGCCCUCCAAGUGGGCCUGGUUAUGGGCCUUCUGGUCCGGGUGGUCCAGAGGGUCCAAGACCCGGACUCCUUAAUGCCUCUCAGAUGCAUCAGUUAAGGGCGCAGAUUAUGGCGUAUCGUUGUAUUGCUCGUAACCAACCAGUACCUCCUCAAGUUACUGCACUUGUUCAGGGCCGACGUCUUGAUCAGGAUCCAUCAAGAGCACCUGGUCCUCCUGGACCACCAGGACCUUCAGGGCCUCCUGGGCCACCUGGCCCUGCAGGGCCUCCUGGCCCUCCAGUUUCAACAGGACCCCCAGGUCCACCUACUGGUCCUCCAACUGGUCCUCCUCAGGGACCACCUGUCCCAACUACUGGUCCACCUCAGGGUCCACCAGGACCACCUGGCCCACCAGGUCCUCCAGGACCACCUACUAUGCAGUAUCCCAGACAUCCAGGUCCUAUGCCAGGGGCACGACCACCUUACAAUGGAACAGAUCCAUCACAAACACCCCCUCCCCCUCCUAGCGCUGUAACGUCUCAACCUGGGCCAAAUGGUCUAUCUGGAACAACUCCAAGACCACCAGUACCCCAGGCAGCACCUGGAGCUCCAGUCACUGCCCCAGGAGGAAAAAUUAGUCGUGUAACUCCCAUUCAAAAACCUAGUGGAAUUGAUCCUUUGAUACUCUUGCAGGAAAGAGAAAACAGAUUGGCUGUUCGUAUUGCUCAUCGCAUAGAUGAAUUGAGUGGUCUCCCAGCUACAAUGGCUGAAGAUUUGAAAAUGAAAGCCCAGAUUGAGCUUAGAGCUUUACGACUCUUAAAUUUCCAACGUCAGUUACGUGCUGAGGUUGUUGGUUGCAAUAGAAAGGACACUACUUUAGAAACUGCCAUCAAUAUCAAAGCAUACAAGAGAACCAAGAGGCAAGGGUUGAGAGAAGCACGUAUUACAGAAAAAUUGGAGAAGCAACAGAAACUUGAAGCUGAAAGGAAGAAACGGCAGAAACACCAGGAAUAUCUCAAUGCUGUGUUACAGCAUGGCAGAGAACUCAAGGACUUCCAUCGUCAGAAUACUCAGAAGAUUAUAAAGUUAAACAAGGCGUUGCUAAUGCACCACAUGAAUGCAGAGAGAGAGAAGCAGAAGGAGCAGGAGCGCAUAGAGAAAGAACGUUUGCGUCGUCUCAUGCUGGAGGAUGAAGAAGGUUAUCGUAAGCUCAUUGAUGAAAAGAAGGACAAACGAUUGGCAUAUCUGCUCACGCAGACUGAUGAGUUUAUUGCAAACCUCACAGAGAUGGUCAAGGCGCACAAAGAAGAUCAGCGGCUUAAAAGCAAAGAAGAGAGAAAGAAGCAGCGAGAGGAAAGACGCAAAGCACGGGAAGCUGACAAUAGUGAAGAAGGUGGUCCUCAGGAACGUCACAUACCUGUAAUGGAAUCGGCUACAGGAACUAUUGUGAGUGGAAAAGCUGCUCCUUUGGCUAGCAACUUGGAGGCUUUCUUGACAGCAAAUCCUGGGUGGGAAGUAUUACCUGAAGAUGAUUCUGAAACAUCUGAUGAUGAGAAUGAAGAGGUGGAAACAGAGAAGAAAGUCCUUUCAGAGGAGGAAAGCGCCUCUCCAGCAUCGACUGAGAAUAAGUUGGAUGCAGCAGAGAAGAAUCCCAAAGAGGUCCUCAAGAAGGCAAAGGUUGAAGAUGAUGAGUACAAAGAUGUAACUGGAGAAAAAAAUUAUUACUCCAUUGCCCAUACUAUCAAGGAAACUGUAACAGAGCAGGCAAAGAUUAUGGUCAAUGGUUCUCUGAAAGAAUACCAGGUUAAGGGCUUGGAAUGGUUGGUGUCUCUUUAUAACAACAACCUCAAUGGUAUUUUAGCUGAUGAAAUGGGUCUGGGUAAGACAAUUCAGACUAUUGGUCUCAUUACGUACCUGAUAGAGAAUAAGAAGAAUAAUGGGCCUUACCUCAUCAUUGUACCACUUUCUACCAUAUCUAAUUGGGCUUUGGAAUUCGAAAAGUGGGCACCAACUGUUCAGGUUGUGACGUACAAAGGGUCACCACAGGUUCGAAGAAUUGUGCAGAGUCAGAUGCGCGCCACCAAAUUGAAUGUCCUCCUCACAACUUACGAAUACAUUAUUAAAGACAAAGCUGUACUUUCAAAACUGCGCUGGAAAUACAUGAUAAUCACGAGGGGUCAUCGUAUGAAGAAUCAUCAUUGCAAACUUACUCAGACCCUGAACACUUUCUACAAUGCGCCACAUCGUCUCCUCUUAACUGGUACACCUCUCCAAAAUAAACUACCAGAAUUGUGGGCUCUUCUCAAUUUCCUACUCCCAUCCAUAUUCAAGUCCUGUUCCACUUUUGAGCAGUGGUUCAAUGCUCCAUUUGCCACAACAGGAGAAAAGGUGGAGCUGAAUGAAGAAGAAACCAUUUUGAUUAUCCGUCGUUUGCACAAAGUAUUACGACCAUUCUUGCUUCGAAGGUUGAAGAAAGAAGUAGAAGCCCAGCUACCUGAGAAGGUUGAAUAUAUCAUAAAAUGUGAGAUGUCUGGGCUUCAGCAUGUACUCUACCGAUCAAUGCAGUCACGAGGCGUUAUGCUCUGUGCUGAAGAUAAGAAGGGACAAAAGAGCAACACCAAGGCCCUCAUGAACACUAUCAUGCAGCUCAGAAAACUUUGCAACCAUCCAUUUAUGUUCCAACACAUUGAAGAGGCAUACUGCAACCAUGCAGGGUUCUCUGGAGGUAUUGUGCAAGGUCCAGAUAUUUACCGUGCAUCUGGUAAAUUUGAACUACUUGAUCGAAUUCUUCCCAAGCUUCACCUCACAAACCAUCGUGUAUUGCUCUUCUGCCAAAUGACCCAGUUGAUGACAAUUAUGGAAGAUUAUCUCAUGUUUAAAGGCUUCAAGUAUUUAAGAUUGGAUGGCAUGACCAAGUCAGAGGAUCGAGGUGAAUUGCUGCGCAUGUUCAACACAUCCCGGGAAUAUUUCCUGUUCUUACUCUCUACUCGUGCUGGAGGGUUGGGUCUUAACUUACAAUCAGCAGAUACUGUCAUCAUCUUUGAUUCUGACUGGAAUCCUCAUCAAGAUUUACAGGCUCAAGAUCGUGCCCAUCGUAUUGGUCAGAAGAAUGAGGUGCGUGUGUUACGUCUCAUGACUGUUAACACUGUGGAAGAACGUAUUUUGGCUGCUGCACGUUACAAGCUCAACAUGGACGAAAAAGUCAUUCAAGCUGGUAUGUUCGAUCAGAAGUCUACAGGAUCUGACCGAAGACAGUUCCUCCAAGCUAUUCUCUCAAAUGAUAAUGAAGAAGAUGAAGAAGAGGAUGAAGCUCCAGAUGAUGAGACCAUCAAUCAGAUGAUUGCUCGAGGGGAAGAUGAGUUUGAAAUCUUCCAAAAAGUUGAUCAAGAUAGAAAGAGCACAGAAACCAGGGCACGUCUAAUGGCAGAAGAUGAAUUGCCAGAAUGGAUGUUGAAGGAAGAAGAUUCUGAGGAAGUAGAUGACGAAGAACCGGAAGAGCUUGGUGAUCGUCGAGCUCGUUCAAAGAAGGAGGUUGAUUACUCCGAUAGCUUAACAGAGAAAGAAUGGCUACGUGCCAUUGGAGCAGUUGAAGAGGAUGGGAAGGAGGCCAUGGAUGAGGAAGAAGAGGAAGUCAAUGGCGGUAGCAAGAGUAAGAGAGGUUCUAAAGGAAAACGUAGGCGUGAUGACAUGGACCUGGAUGAUGAUCCUAAGCCUAAGAAACGAGGCAGACCUGCCAGGGAAAAACCUAAUCCAAAAAAUAAACGUGUUAUUCGGCAGCUAAAACGUUUAAUGGAUAUUGUCAUCAAAUAUGAAGACAGUGAUGGUCGAGUACUUAGUGAGCCAUUUAUGAAGUUACCGUCACGUCGUGAGCUCCCUGAUUACUAUAACAUUAUUAAGAGACCAAUGGAUAUCCACAAGAUUCUCAAUAGGAUUGAUGAAGGAAGAUAUGAUGAUAUGAAUGACCUUGAACACGAUUUUAUGUUGUUGUGUCGAAAUGCCCAAGAAUACAAUGAAGAAUCAUCCAUGAUAUAUGAAGACUCUACUGUCAUGCAGAGUGUUUUCCUCAAUGCACGAGAACGUAUUGAAGCUGAAGCUGACAACGUGCAAGAGGAAGAAGAGGAAGAUGAUGACGAUGAUGAUGAAGAGGAAGAAACCAGAGUGAAGAAAGGCAAAAAGAGCAAGGGUGAAAAAGGCAGAGGAAGAAGGAAAAGAGUAAAAUAUGCAGAUGAUUCUGAUGAUGACGAUGAUGAUGAUGAUGAUUGAAGUGAAAAUGGUAGCGCUGAUGAAGGUGUGUGAACCAGGGUAAAGGGGAUAGCCACAGAAUGUGGCUUUAAAGAUUGUUGAUGUAUGUGGUUUGAUAGUUUGAAGUCGUCGCCAUACCACAGAAGGUCAUGUACCAAUAUACUGACAUUAAUUUUUACUCGCUUGUAUUUGUUUUUCAUUCUUUAGUCAUAGGAAAUGCGACUAUUACCGACUCCAAUUGCAUAAAAUUUUUGGUGCUCUCUGACUUACGGGAAAUGGGGUUUCAGCAAGUUAAUAAGAGAUUUAAAUUUGAGAUGAUACAAACAUCAUUAUUAAGGUCAAGGGGUUUUUCAUUUAAAAUUGUGUUAAUGAUAAUGAACUCUUAAAAUUUUUAGGGUAGUACACAAAUUUGCUAAAUAUUUUAUAUAAAUCUUGUUAUAGGAAUACAUAAUGCCACCGACUGGUAGAGGUCUGUUUGUUGACAUUUGCAUAGGGGAAUUUAUGAUGGUGUAAAUUGACAAUAUAGUAGUGUAAAAUAUUAAUUCAUAUGGUCUUGAGUAUUUAUAUAGGUUUUUAUCAGGGUUUUUCUUUGCAUAUUAAAAAAAAAACAUAAGCAUAUAAAAUUAUUUUUGUCAAAA